UUUCUUGCUUGAAGAGUUUGUUUUCUUUGAUCUGAUCUCUUCCUCUCGAGCAGGAAGAGACUCCAUGGCUGUUGCUAUCAAACGCUUCUCCAUCAGAGAGUAUGCUUCGAAGAUGAGGAGUGUUAAUGUGGAGAAGUCUUGGCCGUUUCAUGAUAAAGAAGCGAUGAAGAAAGAAGAGCUGGCGGCAAAGCUUCCGUUGAUGAAAUGCCCAAAAUAUCGGUGGUGGAAGGAUGAGGUGGAGGCGAUGAGAUCUAAAUCUUCUAAUUUUCCUGCUAAUAAGUCUGAUGUUGAUGUUGUUGAUGAUGAUGAAAACGGUAAGAAGAUUCUAGAAGCAACUGGCGAGAGAAGCGGAUGUGUGUCGGAAAAGCUUCCGGUUGAGAAGAUUGAGGCGGUUAUAGUGACGGGUGAGGAGGAGAAGAUGGUGAUGAGUUGUCCGGUUUGUCGGAGUUUUACGGCGACAACUGUGAAUGCGGUGAACGCGCAUAUCGAUGAUUGUUUGGCUCAGACUACGUCGAAGGUGGAUCACCGGAGAUUACAGAUGAGGAAGUCUACAGAAACGCCGGCGGCUGUGACGACUAAGGUGAAGUCGAGGACAAGGAAGAGAAGAUCUAUUAUGGAGAUCUUCGUUGUUUCUCCGCAGAUCGAAGCUGUGAAGCUCAAUUGUAGAAUCGCCAUGUGGUGGUUCCUGAAGAGGAAGUUGAUUUGAAAGUCUUGAAGAAAGCAUCAUCUGAUGUAGUUGGAAUGAAGAAAAAGAGAGAAAAGAUGAACAAGAAUUGUUUGAGAGAUGAUCCGGGGAUGAUGACGUUGAAGGUGAAGAAUAAAUAUUUCAGUUUUUUUUUCAAAAAGAUGAACCGAUCCGGUUUGUUUCGAUUUGUUCUCCAAUGGUUUGAUUCAAAACGGUUUUCUCACUGGUUUAAGAUUGUAUCAUGGUAGAUUAAUCUGAGCCGUGAAUAUAGAAUUUUACACGUGUCGACCGCCUAAGGGGGCAUUGUACAGAAUUGUACUAGAUCCGAAUUUCAGACGAUUUCUUCCC